AUGUCACGUGCGGCACUAUUCUUCGUCUUGCAGGCAGCAGCGACUGUAGUUGCUCAAGUAGUUCCUGGGGUUUGGCAGCAAUGUGACGGUAUUGGUUGGAGACCAGAAUUGAAAGGUCUAUGUCAAGACGGGCUUUUUUGCACCACAUACAAUUCUUACUACGCACAGUGUAUUCCCGGGCCAACUCCCACGACACGGUCACCAACUCCGGAGACUACUUCACCGACGACUUCAUACAGAACAUCUAUUAAUCAUACUUGCUCUCAGCUUAGCACAUGCACUACUUAUCCAUGGUGCUGUGGGGCUACGAAAACUGAUUGCAGGACAUACUGCCUUGGACAAACUGCUCCAACUAUUCAAAGGACAACUGUGACUUGCUCCUGCCCCCCCAAGACGUCUACUAGUCUUCUAGUUGUUCCGCCGAUGCCGACGGCGGUGAGGGAGAUCAAGAGGCAAGAAUAUGUUACCACUUGUCCAAUGGAGACUUAUUAUACGACAUAUGCACUAUGCUGCGGGGCGUCCGGAACUGCAACGGGAAGCGUUUGCAGGGGUUCUCGCCACACUACAAUCGACCACCCAAUCCCUCGAUGCGUGAUCUGCACAAACACUACGACUUGUCCGAUGGAAACUUAUUAUACUACAUACCCACUGUGCUGCGGGGCAUCUGGAACUGCAACUGGUAGCGUGUGUAGUGGAUCCCGUCAUACCCCUAUCCCGCACCCUGUUGUUAGAUGCGCGAGCUGUACUACGGGAUAUCCUCCAGUUGCUACUGCGAUAGUUACGAGGAUUGACGUCGUCAGGGUGGAUUAA